AUGUCAGACAUUGAAUCAUCGAAAAAGCAAGAGCCUCUGGCAGUGACUGAGGUUAGGGAAGUAAAAGAUGCCGAGCAUGUUCAAGGCGAAGAUGGGCAACUGUAUCCAGUACCUACCGAUCAAGACUGGAAAGAAUUACGCGAGGUUGCGGACGCCAUCCCAAAAUCAGGAUUUCUUGUUAUUUUGAUUGAAUUUUGCGAGCGCUUUACAUACUAUGGCUUGAGCGGUCCUUUCCAAAACUACAUCCAACAUCCAAACCCUGAAUCAUUCCCUGCUGAUAUUCCGGGUGCAUUGGGCAAAGGACAGCAGGUGGCUACCGCACUCACCACCUUUUUCCAAUUUUGGUGCUACAUCACUCCUGUAAUUGGUGGUAUCAUUGCAGAUCAAUAUCUUGGCAAAUACAACACCAUUCUAGUGUUUGCUGGUAUAUACAUGGUUGGUUUGGUUAUAUUGACUGCUUCUUCGGUGCCUGCUGCAAUUGAGAACGGUGCUGCUUUUCCUGCAUUUGUUGUUGCUUUGAUCAUUGUCGGUCUCGGCACAGGUGGUAUCAAAGCCAACGUAUCGCCUUUAGUGGCAGAGCAAUACACGGUCCAAAAACCAUUCGUACGGACGCAGAAAAAGACCAACUGGCUUGGUAGGAAGCAAGAAGAAACCGAAAGGGUAAUUGUCACACCUCAAGCAACGUAUCAGAAGCUGUUCAACGGUUUUUACUUUGGUAUCAACGUUGGUGGAUUAUCCGCUAUUGCAACAACGUUCUUGGAAAAACAACAAGGCUUCGUAUACGCAUAUCUACUGCCAACGUGCGUAUUCAUCCUUGGUAUCAUCGUCAUUGUCUCCGGAAAGAAGUUCUACAAGCAGGCAAAUCCACGUGGAAGCAUCUUUGUUGAAGUAGGAAAAGUUGUCUCCAUCGGUAUUCGACAUGGUCUCGAAAAUGCCAAACCAUCCAAUAUGAAAAAUAUCAAUCCUGAUAUGGCAGCCAAGAUCACGUGGGACGAUACUUUUGUCGAUGAGUUACGACGCACCUUCAAGGCAUGUGUCGUUUUUUGCUGGUUCCCGAUUUUCUGGUUAUGCUAUUCCCAAAUGACCAAUAACCUCGUUUCCAUGACAGCGACAAUGUUGACCGGCAAUGUCCCAAAUGACAUUAUGCAAAACAUCAAUCCUCUCACGUUGAUCAUUGUUAUCCCUAUCAUGGAUAGAGUUUUCUAUCCGCUUAUGCGAAGAAUAGGCGUACAUAUGAAGCCAAUUAGACGCAUUGCUAUUGGGUUCUUUUUCGCAGCAUUGGCCAUGGCUUAUUCGGCUAUUGUACAGACUAUAGUAUAUAACAGCCCACCUUAUUAUGAAUACCCUUCAGAGAACGGCAAGAACUUUGUGUCGGCAGCCCUUGUCAUUCCAGCCUACGUGCUUGUCGGUAUUGGUGAAGUAUUCGCAUCCAUCACAGGCCUUGAAUAUGCCUACAAAAAGGCACCAGAAAUGAUGAAGUCUCUCGUCAUGUCCCUGUUCCUCCUGACAAAUUGCUUCGGUGCUAUUUUGGCCUUUGCCCUUGUUUCCGUCGCAGAGGACCCCAAGCUAAAAUGGAUGUAUACCGGUAUUGCUGCUGCCAUGGGCGUAUGUGCCAUCCUAUUCUAUAUUUGCCAUCACAAAAACGACGACAUCGACUUUGAAGAAGACGCUAUCGGUCGAAAUGGCGCAGAAUCUGACGCAUAUCAUGAAAAGGCAAGAAAUGAAAAGAUACAAGAAUAUGAAAUCGAUGAAACAAAGUAA